AAAAUAAAAUUAUUCAUUUAUACUUCUUUGUUUUAAUUGAAUGAAGCCUUUCAUAGUUGAAUAGUUAUCACUUGACAGUGGACACUCGUAUUUAAUCCUAAUUAAUAAAUUUUAAUAUUUCUAUUAUAGCCUAUGAGUAGUUUUUUUUAAUCAACUGCUGGUUAAAAACGUUAUACUUAAAAUAAUUAAAUAAACUUACCAACAAAAAUAGUGAUACUAAUUAACUAUGAAGAGAUUAUCCGCCAAAUUAGUAUUCAUGGGCUCUCAGGGAGUGGGUAAAUCAAGUAUAAUUACUAGAUAUAUUAAAGGUGAUUUCCAAAAUGAAUGUGAAGCAACAAUUGGUGCUUCAUUUAUGUAUGCUAAAGUUACUUUACGAGACUAUCAAAUUACUUUAAAAGUUUGGGAUACAGCUGGACAAGAACGGUUUCGUAGCUUAGUUCCAAUGUAUUACAGAAAUUCAGAUGCAGUUGCUGUAGUUUUUGAUGUAUCAGACAGAGAGUCAUUCAAUCAAGUUAAAAGUUGGAUUAAUGAAGUAAGAAAAAAUACAAACACACCUGUGAUAUAUUAUGUAGUUGGUAACAAAACUGAUCUAUUGGAUUCUCGGACAAUAAUGUAUGAAGAAGCUGAAGAAUUUGCUAAUUCAGUAAAUGCUUGUUAUUGGGAAACUAGUGUUUACUCAAAUACAGGUAUUCAAGACUUAUUCACAAAUAUUGGUCAAAACCUUAUAGAAAUAGUAGAAAGUUCAAAAUCACCAAUGAAUUUAAAACUUGAAAUUGAUCCAGAAGAAGUUUCUAACAAUGAUAGGAUAAAUAAUUCUAAGAUACAAUGUUGUAUUAAUCAAUAAUGUAAUUUAAUUUGUCUAUUAAUCACAUUGUCAA